AUGUCGACUCCCUCGCUCGCCCCCUACAUCAUGAAGCGGCCUUGGCUGCAGCGCUGGAUGAAGCCGCUCUCGCAGUGGUACUUUGACAACGCUGGCUACCGGAAGUUGGGAUUGAGGGCCGAUGACCUGAUUCCAGAGGAGAACCCACAAGUACAGCUCGCUCUCAAGCGUCUGUCACCAAAGGAGGCGUACGACCGUGUCUUUCGCAUGCGACGAGCUUUCCAGUGCUCUCUCGCGCAUCAACUUUUGCCAAAGCACGAAUGGACAACCCAGGAGACUGACACACCCUAUCUCUCACCACUGAUCGUCGAAAUCGAGACCGAAAUCAAGGAGCGUGAGGAUCUCGAGACAAUGCAGAUCACCAAGCCAAAGGCGAAGUAA